AUGAGCCAGCCCCGUCGCUCUAGCUUCGGUAUGCUUCUCAGACGUUCCAAGUCCGGCGACCUGGGGAAGGGUGGUAAGAAAGCCCAAGCCCUUCGCGAACAGCAGGAACGCGAACUCGAGCGUCAGCGUCAGGCUGCAAUCUCCAGAACUCCCCCCAAGCUCCCCGAGUUCUACAAGGCCAAUGACCAGCUCUCCAACUCCAUCCCCUCUGACAUGCGUGCUGAGGAGGCCUCAAUCAUGUCGGAUCACACCAUAGGUACUGCCUACUCGACCCGGCCCUCCAUGGAGCCCAGCCGCAGUGUCGCGGGAUCCGUGCCGCCUAUGCCUCCCAUCCCCGCGAAUGCCUACGACCCCUAUGCUCGCACCGAGAGCAUGACGCACCGUGGUCGCUACAGCUAUGCUAGCAGCGCAAUCAGCACUGUCAACAGCCCUAGAAGGGUUCGGAGAAGAAAGGAUCCCACUCCCUUCAACGUUCUCGUCAUUGGCACCCGAGGCGCUGGAAAGACGUCUUUCCUCGAAUUCCUAAAGACUGCUCUGGCUCUCCCGCCGAAGAAGCGAUCCCGCAAGACUGAGGCGGAGGAGGAACCCGCUCCUAGAUCUCCUUCCGGCAACUUCAUCCCUCACUACCUCGAGACGGAGAUUGACGGCGAGCGAAUUGGCCUCACACUUUGGGAUUCGGAAGGCUUGGAGAAGAACGUUGUCGAUCUCCAGCUUAGGGAGAUGUCGGCCUUCCUGGAGAGCAAGUUCGAAGAGACCUUCACCGAGGAAAUGAAGGUGAUUCGAUCGCCUGGCGUACAAGAUACCCACAUUCAUGCCGUCUUCAUGGUUCUCGACCCAGCUCGUCUCGACCGCAACCUGGCGUCAGUCAAGGGCGGGGUAUCGAACGGGCACAACGGCAAAUACGCUCCUCCAGCUCGCAUUUCGGGAGGUCUUGACGAAGAUCUGGAUCUUCAAGUGCUCCGUACCCUCCAGGGAAAGACUACAGUCAUACCCGUCAUUUCCAAGUCGGACACGAUCACGACCAAGCACAUGAAUAUCCUCAAGAAGACCGUGUGGGAAACCGUCAAGAAGUCAGGACUGGACCCGCUUGAGGCACUUGGCCUCGACGAGGACGACGACUCAACCAGGAUCGCAGAGGAAGAAGAGGCAGUGUCUGACGAAGAGCACGCCGAUUCCCACGAUGAGGACGAUUUCCCAAUCCAAGGACGGGAAGAUGUACCCUCCUCCCCCGGCUCGAAACGACUUUCUGGGUCCUCCAUCCGUCAGCACAAGGCUAAGCACGAAACCAAGGAGGAGGAAGUGCCGUUCCUCCCGCUCUCAGUCAUCAGCCCUGAUCUGUACGAACCCGAGGUUUUGGGACGUCAAUUCCCAUGGGGUUUCGCGGAUCCAUACAACGAGGAGCAUUGUGACUUCACAAGACUCAAGGACGCCGUCUUCAGCGAGUGGAGGGCCGAACUCCGUGAGGCUAGCAGAGAGCAGUGGUACGAGGGCUGGCGAACUUCGCGACUUAAGAAUAGCCCGAAUGCUCGUCGCCGAUAG